GUGGAGGCGUAGCGAAACAGCUGAGCAGAGGUAGAGAGCUGCAGAAGAGACGUAGCUAGAGAGGGGGAAAGGAGACCUGGAAAAGGAAGCUGCUGGAUCUUAGCGAGCCGUCCCGCGGCCUGACCGAUGCCUGGAGCCCUCUGCGCCGCACUCUCCACGGCGCUGAAACGGCGAGGCCCGAACAAAAAUCACGGCGAAAUCCCUCCACAUCGGAUCGGCGGAGGAGCGGAGCGGGGUCGGUGCUUUUCCUGAGAAGGGUUUUCCACGGGUAUGCCUGUGACAGAAUGAAGCCCCCGAGUCGUUUGCUGUGCCCGUGUGUCCAGGGGGGGUGUGUCCAGAUGUUAUCCGUACCUCAGAGGAAUUUGCGGAGAGCCUGUCCCUGUUUCCCAGCCCUUCCCCCCAGCACUCUCCCACCCCACUGACGUCCAGCCCUCGGUGGCGCUUCCCCCUCCCACGCUCCUCGUACCCGGCCUUUGUGGGCAUGGUGUUGUUGGUUCAGGCGGGCAGCUGUGGGGAUGGACGGACUCCUGGGGUAGUGGCAGGGGGGCAGCAGUGGGCGGAGCGGGAAAGGAGCAGACCCAGGCAAGCGGGAGGGCGGAGGAGGAGCUGGGUGCGAAGCCGCUAUGCCUCCUCUGGGGAUGUGUCCCCGCUUUGUUGGUAAGAGAGCAGAGACUCUUUCUGGAACGUUCUCUUGAGCCGGAGCCGUUCUCUCUCAUUCGCACUUUAAACCCCCCUCGUUUUGACUUGACCCGGUAGCACACAGUACACGAACAGUCGGUCUAAACUGAAGGAACAAUGCGACACAUCCAUGUGGAAAUUGCACGCAAGGAGGCCCCCGUGGAACACCCGGCCCAGGACGGGGACCUCCCGCCCCCCAGCGCCCAGACGGGGGGGCUGGACUCUGGGGCGAGACCAGGGCUGCUCAGGCCCUAUGGAGAGGAGGAGAUCAAAUUGCAGAAGGUCUACCAGCUGUCUAUAUUCUCCCAGCUGGGGGGGUUUACCGAGCUCCCGGAGGGGCAAAGACUGGCACGGCCGGGCGGGAAGAGGACCCACGAGGAGUGGCCGUCGGACUGCAAGCGCCCCCACCUGGAGGGGGACGGUCGGGCGGGGUUAGGGCGGGAGCACAAGGCCCCAUCGGAGGUGGAGGUGCUUUGCAGCUCUGGGCAGCUUUUCUCAAACGUCGGCCCGCAUACAGUCGGUUGCGGUGACUGCACGUCCGCUCAAGACCCUGGCUGCCAGACAGCCGACGUCCCCUUCUCUGCUACCCUCACCAGACACCCCCCGCUGCACAAUCACAGCCGCCCCGUACCCAGCACCGAGGCCCCCCUCUCCCCCAAACUCCAGCCCCAGCUUACUGCUCGGGUCCUUGACCCCACCCCCCCAGAUCUCUUUCCCAGGACUGAACCACUGUUAGUGGGCUGCGCUUUGGGCCGCACCCCUGCAGAGCACAGCGAGGACUUCAGCAACGGAGAGGCGGCACGGCUGCGGGCCUCUGAACGAACUGAAAGGGCACUCUGUGACCCCGAGGCAUCCAGGAACAGUGAGGGACAUGCUGGGGGUGAGGUCAAGGGUGGGAACGGGGCAGCGGCAGCCGGGACCUCCACUCCAGAGCGAAGGUACGCCCAGGCCAUCUCCACCAACGGCCUGGCCUCCUCAGAGAAAACCCCCAGCGCUCCCCUGGACCCGGUCCCAGGACCUUCCUCAUCCCUCGCCAGCCCCAGCGCCUGCCCUGCUAAGAGGAGGCUCCUGUCUCCUUGUGACACGGGGGAGUCCUGCUCGGAAGACGAGGGGCCUUCCACCUCCAAGAGGAGCCGGUUGGCGCUCCUGGCCCCCGGCCUGGGGCUUGGGGCCUGCCGCAGCACAGAUGCCAAGGGCGCCCCCUUCUGGAACCAUCUGCUCCCCUCUGCGCGCGAGCGGCCCAAGGGUGUCACUGAUUGCACCAGAGUGGGAAGGAGACUAAAAAGUGGGCUUCGACUGAAAUCACGUCAGCUGCGCAGUGGUCGCCGUGGAGAGGCCUGUCGCUCUGGCCGUACUGGCUGGCCCUCUGCCUCCAUUAGCCACUCCCUACUUGGCAACUUUGAGGAGUCCAUCCUGAAGGGCCGCUUUGCCCCGUCAGGCCGGAUUGAGGGCUUCACGGCAGAGAUCGGGGCGAGCGGGUCCUACUGCCCACAGCACGCCACCCUGCCCGUCCAAGUCACCUACUACGACAUCUCCGAGCACAGCGCACCCUCGCCCUUCCUGGGUGUAAUCUACCUGGAACCUCUUGGUAAGAAGGGAUACAGCGUACCUAAAGCAGGGACCAUCCAAGUGACCUUAUUCAAUCCCAACAAAACUGUGGUGAAGAUGUUCCUGGUGACAUACAACUUCGAGGACAUGCCCGUCAAUCAUGUGACCUUCUUGCGCCAUCGGAUCUUCCUGGUGCCUGUGGAGGAGGGGGAGAGGCAGGGGGAGGAGCCAGAUGGCGGGGGCACAGACAGGAAGAAAAUUCUCUGCUACCUGAUACACCUCAGAUUCCAGAGCUCCAAAUCUGGGAAAAUCUACUUGCACAAUGAUAUCCGGCUGCUAUUCUCCCGCAAAUCCAUCGAGGUGGACACGGGGAUCCCAUAUGAGCUGAAGUCCUUCACCGAGGUGCCAAGAAACCCCAAGUACUCCCCCAGAGUCUGACCCUCAGCCAGUGUCACCCCCAGGUGAACAAAGCCCGCAGGGCCAGAUAGCAGACUGCUCAAACCAGAGAAAACAAAGCAAAGGACACUUGAAGGACAAAGACAGAAACGCACCAUAGGACUGUUUCUGAAUUCAGGGUUAACAUGCAUGCCUUGUGACAAAAAAAACGAGUUCUCUUCUAGUGCUGUGUUUCAGUUAAAAUUCUGCCCCUCAAUCUGUCUAAACACACCCCCCCGUUUCCACCCCCCAAGUGGACCAAUCCGAAUCGGACAGUAAACAUCAGUGGCCCAAUGACAUUACAUUUACAUUUCAUUAUUACCAUUUAGCAGUUGCUCUUAUCCAGAGCAACUUGCAC